AUGGCCUGCAAUAUUCGGCUGUGGUUACGUGCUUUACCCCUCAAUCCCAAACCUUUCCUCAGUGGACUAACAGGAAAGCCAGUGAUGGUGAUUAAGUGGGGAAUGGAGUACAAGGUUCUGGUAUCUGUAGAUGGCUACAUGAACAUGCAGCUUGCAAAUACAGGAAGAAUACAUAGAUGGGAGCUUUGUCCUGGACAUCUGGGUGAAGUUUUAAUAAGUGUAAAUAAUGUCCUUUAUAUCAGAGGUGUGGAAGAAGAGGAGAAAGAUGGGGAAAUGAGAGAAUAGCAUCUUUUGUUGGGGAUUUUUUUUAAUAUAUAUAUUUCUAGACAAUAAAGAUUUGUUUUUCAAAAAAAAAAAGAAUUUCCAAAAUUCUGGUAUUUGGAAACAGCUAUUUUUACGUAAUUAUAGAUACAAGAUACAUUUAAACUGGAUACUUUUUUUUUUUUGACAAGUAGUUUUGUCUUCUUAGAACUUUUAAAAACUCAUUGUCACUGCUCAUCACUUGGUCUGAAUUAAAAUUCACAUGUUUUAUAUCAUUUUCUAUUGGUAAUUUUUCUGUCAUUUUAUAGUUUAAAAAGACUUAUGGAAGUAAUAAAGCUUGCAAAUAAAUAUACUAUUAAAAUACAUCACUAAGCCUAGAACUUUCAGUUUGAGAAUUUUGUCCUUAUGUUUUAAGGGAAAAAAAGCACAAAUGCUGAUUAUUGCUUACAUAGGCUAUGGCUGCCACUGGUCAGUACCGUAGCCACAAGCCAUGUGCUCAGAAUUACCUGAAAUGUGGCUGGUCUGAAGGGAGAUGUGCUGCAAAUUUGAAACACCAAAUUUUGAAGACUUAGUGUGAAGAAAAGAAUUAAAAUUUCUCAUUUAAAAAUUGAUUCGGCUGGGC